UAGAAGCAACGAUAUUCUGCCAAGAACAUUGAAAUAACAAGAACAUAUUCAUUGGAUCUGAAUAAAAAAAGUCAUAAUUUUACAUGUGCGAAAAUUAUUGAAAAUCAAUCAGAACAAUUUACACUGAAAAUUCUUCAAGAUUAUUUCAUUUUUCAAGAAUUGUAGCAGAGUUGAGCAUUGUCGGUGAUGAUUACACAAAGCAAUCCAAUCUCCGUUGGUCUCAGGCUCUCAGCACAGUACAACACAUCCUUUCUCGAUAGCAAACCCAGAUUGAAAUAGAAAACCCCAAAUUGAAAAAGUAAACCCAGAUGAAGAAACCUAGAAACCCAAGAACUACCAAAACCCCAACUUAGAAAACCCAGAUCAGGAGAGGUAGAGUGAAGAAAAAUGGCACCAAUUUCCUUCAACAACCACAACCGAAAUUCAGAAAGAUGAUGAACAUGUUUGAGGAAAAGGUUGGAGGAGGGUACUCGAACGUGAAGUGCGAUGACCACGAACUCGACAUCGAAUCAGGGGAAACCCUCUACCCCGAUCUCAGCCUCGGCGAGAAUCAACUCCGUUUGGGCUCCAUCUGCAAGGUUUACGACAUCCUCUCCGCUCAGAUCGUCUUCACCACCAUCGUUUCCCUCAUCAUCGUCUUCCUGCCUUCAUCUGUAAGCUCAUGUCCUCUUUCCUUCCCGAUCUCCAAAUUUAGGGUUUCAUAAAUUUUCAAUGUGAUUUUCCUUUUGCUUUUCUGGUUGUAGUUUUGAUCCCGUUGCAGAAGCAUUCUUACAAUUACAUCUUGCUUGGAAUUUUCACCAUCUCAAUUAGCAUGACCAUGGGAGUUGGGUUUGGGGCCCCCUAUGGGGCUCCCCGCCAGGGAUGGCAACGGGGCGGGUAUCCGAACCCGUACCCGAACCCGCAACACUACCAGCGGGUAGUCGACCCGUAUCCGUACCCGUUAAGCGUCAAACGGGUACCCGUUUACGGGCCUUAAACGGGUUUGGAUACCCGCGGGUACCCGUUAAGCGUCAAACGGGUACCCGUUUACAAUUUUUUAUUUUCCUAAAUUACUGCAAAUUAACUUUUUUUUGUUGGAAAUUUAAAUUGAUUUCAGAUCUUAAAUAACACCCAUAUAAUUGAACAUUAAUUGAGCGGAUGAAGCAAAUAAAUAUGAAUUAAUUUCAAUUAGUUUGAAAUAUCAAGUUCAUUAAAACAAUCGAAGAUUAUAAAUAUUCUUCUCAAAUCGAAACUUAAUUACCACCAUUAUACACCAAACUUUGCUUAUAUUUUACUAAAAGAUAAUUAUAGAAUAUUGACUUUGAAUGGAGAAGAAUGAAACCCUAAAAUUUUAAUUUGGGCUUAAGUAAAUAGUAAGGGCAUUUAUGUAAUUUUACUCUAACGGGUACCCACGGGUAGGGUACGCGGAUAUCCGCCCCGCCCCGUUUUCGGACGGAUAUUUAAAAUAUCCGUUUUUCCAACCCGUGGGUACCCGAACCCGCGGGUUAUUAUACCCGUGACGGAUUUUUAUCCGCGGGUACCCGCGGGUUCGGUUUUUUUUUUGCCCCAUUGCCAUCCCUAUCCCCGCCCCACUUAAAGUGGGGAAAUUACUGGAAAGCCCCCCUUUAAUAGAAUACGGAAGACACAUUUCCGUAUUGAAUACGGAAGUCUCAUAUCCGUAUUAUAUUAGUAUGUAAACCGGCAAGGGUUUAUUCAAACCCAUUUCAAAGCCAUUUCCGUAUUUUUCCCCUUGCUCUUCUCCCCUCUUCAACCUUCGAUCUCCGUCGCUCCCCUUGCUUGAACCGUGUACUUGAAAGGUUCCAUCAUCUCCAUCAAAGCUCUUCAUCAACCCCAUUCUCAGAAUUGAAACCUAGAGUGAGAAUGAAGAACAGAAAGAGGUCUCAUGCUUCUAGUGAGGAUGUCGGGGCUACUGAGGAUAGACACCGGCGGUUACAUGCUUCUAGCCGGCGCGGCGAUCAUGCUGCAACCUCUCAGGCGGUGGAGGCUUCAGCUCCAGUUGUUUCUCCGCCGUCUCCCAUGAUUGAGUUGCCUCUGGUUGAUUAUCCGCCGUCUCCCACGGUUGAGAUACCUACAGUUGAUUCUCCGCCGUCUCCCACGGUUGAGUUACCUCGCCAGGAGUCAUCAGGCGGGGAGUCCUCAGGCGAGGAGUCUUCCGGCGAGGAGUCAUCCGGCGAGGCCUCAUCCGGCGAGGAGUCAUCUGACGAGGAUAGUAUUCCUCCGCCUGAUGUUGAUGCUGAUGUCCUGCUGCCAGAGCAGGGGCCACAGGGUGGCGAGGAUGACCUGAUCCAGAGGUUGCCGCCGUUUCCGGGGGGCCUGUUGAGCUGUCGCUCCUCACCCAUUAUGCUGAUCACAAGGCUCCCUGGGCGUGGCAUGCACUCCUACGCACCGACGAGCGGUAUGUGGACCGUCAACAGUUGAAGGUGGCCACAGCUGGGGGGAAGGUUUGGAACCUUGCUUGUGAUGGUGAUUCAGACAGUCACAGGCGGGUUCGAGAGUUGAUUUAGCAGACGGGUCUUCAUCAGCUACCCUAUUGCAGCUACCCGGUGACAGAUGCAGGCCUUAUUUUGGCCCAUGUGGAGCGAUGGCAUGAGGAGACUAGUAGCUUCCACAUGCCGUUCGGGGAGAUGACUAUCACCCUGGACGACGUGUCGGCUCUUCUCCAUCUCCCCAUGGGGUUGAGGUUCUACACGCCUGGGAGGGGGGAGAGGGACGAGUGUGCAGCGCUCUGUGCUCAGUUGAUGGGAGGAUCUGUUGGUAUUUAUGAGGCUGAGUUUGAUACGAAUAGGUGCCAGACUAUUCGCUUUGGGGUCUUGCAGACCCUGUAUGAGGCUGCAUUGGCGGAGCACCGAGAUGAGGACGCUGCGCGGAUUUGGCUGGUGAACAGCUAGGUGCGACGCUCUUUGCUAGCAAGAGCGGAGGCUACCAUACGACCGUCUACUGGAUAGGGAUGUUGGAGGAUCUUGGCCGAGUGUGCGAGUACGCUUGGGGCGCGAUUGCGCUCGCUACGUUAUACGACCAGCUUAGUCGAGCGUCCAGGAGGGGGACGGCCCAGAUGGGAGGUUUCAGCUCGCUCCUGCUAGGAUGGGUCUACGAGUACCUUUCUGACCACGUCAUUAUCCGGAGUACUCGCAGGACCAGCCUAGGGCGCGGCGGUGGGUUACGUCCCGGGUCCCGCAUGCAGGCCUUGAUGAGAGGCGAGUCAUGCUCGAUGAGCUGACGGUGGAUGACAUUAUAUGGACCCCAUUUGAGGACCAUCGGGCUCAUCGACCACGGGAUCCGAGGGCCAUGUAUUCUGGCUACAUCUGGUCGCCAUUUGGCCGUGUUGUUCGACGGCAUCUACCAGAGAGGGUUCUGCGCCAGUUUGGCUACAUACAGGAUGUCCCUCGACACCCCUCUGAGAUCCAGACGACUGGGUCCCUUGCUGAGACCGCAGAUGCUGCCUAUGCUGAGUUUGAGCCGCACCUCCGCCCUCAGGGGAUCCCUGCUACAUAUCCGGGAGAGGCUGUGGAGGAUUACAUGAGGUGGUACAGCGCUGUGUCCCAUCGGUUCAUCAUCCCUGAUGAUAGGAGGGAGGAGUUCAGUGCGGUGACUGUUAUGCGUCGGGCCGUGGACUUGUUGGAGCAGUCACUCGAGGUGCCAGAUGCUCCUGCAGUGGGCACGCAUUCCCGAUCCCUCAUUGAGAGGGCGCUGGAUCUUAUUAGAUCCAAUGCCUUCAUUGGUACCCAGGGGGUAGCCUUUGCUGCUGUCCGAGGAGCUAGAGCUGCGGGAGGCAGAGGUCGUGGAGACAGAGCGCGUGGGGGCAGAGGUCGUGGAGGCAGAGCCCGUGGAGAGGGUGCUCCUGCAGAGGGUGCGCGUGGAGGCAGAGGCCGUGGAGGCAGAGCCCGUGGACCUAGAGGUCGUAGGGGGGCCGAUAGGGGUCGGGGCGAGUGAUUGACUGUAUAUUUGUAUAUUUUUUGUGUAUUUUUAUAUUAUGACAUGUGACUCUUUGUAUUAUGACUCUCUUUAUAUUAGUCGUGCUUUCUAUUUCCA